CUGUGGCUAGCUUGGCAGCGUGCUGAGCUGUCAGUGGAGUCGGCAGGCAGGGAAAGCCCUCAGACAGUAAGUACAGUGUCUCCGGUGAAGACCGACGCCCCGCGCUCUGCUGGCUCGACACUGAAGGCUGCGCCUCUAAACGGACCGGGAAACACUUCAAGACAGCAAGACCGAAGCUGUAAGCGUUGCGUUGUUUGUAAGGGAGGACAUGGCUGAUGUAAAUUCAAACGAGUCGUCCACCACGGACGUGGCGAACAGGUUCGCUCGCAAAGGUGCUCUGAGGCAAAAAAACGUCCACGAAGUGAAGAACCACAAAUUCACAGCCAGGUUCUUCAAGCAGCCGACUUUCUGCAGCCACUGCACCGACUUCAUCUGGGGGUUUGGAAAACAAGGAUUCCAGUGCCAAGUUUGCUGUUUUGUGGUCCACAAGAGGUGCCAUGAAUUAGUCACAUUCUGCUGCCCAGGGGCAGAUAAGGGGCCGGACACAGACGAUCCCAGAACGAAGCACAAGUUCAAGAUCCACACCUAUACGAGCCCCACCUUCUGUGACCACUGUGGCUCUCUGCUCUACGGCCUCAUCCACCAGGGCAUGAAGUGCGACUCCUGCGACAUGAAUGUCCACAAUCAGUGUGUUAUGAACGUGCCCAGCCUGUGUGGAACCGAUUACACCGAACGGAGGGGCCGUCUUUUCCUCAAGUGUGAGGUCACUGAGGAUAAGCUGCAGGUCACAGUGACUGAGGGCAAAAACCUGAUCCCCAUGGACCCCAAUGGCCUCUCUGAUCCGUUUGUCAAGCUCAAGCUCGUACCAGACCCCAAAAAUGAGACCAAGCAGAAGACCAAAACCAUUCGCUCCAACCUCAACCCCAGAUGGAACGAGACCUUUAGCUUCAAGCUGAAGGCGUCUGACAAGGACCGCAGGCUGUCAGUGGAGGUGUGGGACUGGGACCGGACCACUCGGAAUGACUUCAUGGGGGCUCUCUCCUUCGGCGUGUCAGAGCUCAUGAAAGCUCCAGUCUGUGGCUGGUAUAAGUUGUUGUGCCAGGAGGAAGGGGAGUACUACAAUGUUCCCAUCUCAGAGGAGGAUGACGGGAAUGACGAACUCAGGGAGAAAUUUGAGAAAGCCAAGCUCGGCCCAGGUAAGAAGGUGAUCUCCGAGCCGGACGGCAGCCACUCCAGCCAGCCUCCCUUCAUCAGCCUGAACCAGGUCAAACUCACCGACUUCUCCUUCCUGGCUGUGCUCGGGAAAGGGAGCUUCGGGAAGGUCAUACUGGCAGAGAUGAAGACCACCGAAGAGCUGUACGCAAUAAAGAUCCUGAAGAAGGACGUGGUGAUCCAGGACGAUGACGUGGAAUGUACCAUGGUGGAGAAGAGAGUCCUGGCCCAACAGGACAAGCCGCCCUUCCUCACACAUCUGCACUCGUGCUUCCAGACUGUGGACCGUCUGUACUUUGUCAUGGAGUAUGUGAAUGGCGGAGACCUCAUGUACCAUAUCCAACAAGUGGGCAAGUUCAAGGAACCUCAGGCAGUGUUCUAUGCAGCAGAGAUCGCUGCAGGUCUCUUCUUCCUGCACAUUAAAGGAGUCAUCUACAGGGAUCUGAAGUUGGACAAUGUGAUGCUGGACUCGGAGGGACACAUUAAGAUUGCUGACUUUGGCAUGUGUAAAGAGAACAUGUCAGAAGGAGUGACCACACGCACCUUCUGUGGCACUCCCGACUACAUUGCCCCAGAGAUCAUUGCAUAUCAGCCCUAUGGACGCUCUGUAGACUGGUGGGCAUAUGGAGUUCUGCUCUACGAAAUGCUGGCAGGACAGCCUCCAUUUGACGGCGAGGAUGAAGAUGAGUUGUUCCAGUCCAUUAUGGAGCACAACGUGUCCUACCCCAAGUCCCUGUCCAAAGAAGCUGUCUCCAUCUGCAAAGGGCUGAUGACCAAACACCCAUCCAAGCGUCUGGGCUGCGGCGCUGAGGGUGAGAGGGACAUCAGAGAACACGCCUUCUUCAGACGCAUCGACUGGGAACGCCUCCAGAACAGGGAGAUACAGCCGCCCUUCAAGCCCAAAGUGUGCGGCAAAGGAGCAGAGAACUUUGACAAGUUCUUCACACGCACUCAGCCGCAGCUCACACCGCCAGAUGAGCUGGUUAUCGCCAACAUCGACCAGGCCGAGUUCGCAGGGUUCUCUUUCAUCAACCCACAGUUUGUAAACCCGGUGCUCAAUAUCAGCCUAUGAGAAGGAUGGGGAAACCUCCCCGAAGAACCUCCCUGCUCACUGCCACCCACUUAAAGCAACCGCCAACCUGACAUCUGACCACAACUUGAUCUAGGCCCGCUAUGAACCUUUAUGUAUUGGUUUUAUUUGUAAGCAGCAUUCUAGGGCAUGCAUAUUUGCUCUGUACAAUAUAUAGAGUAGAUAGAUUAUAAUAGUUUUCUUUAGUGUAAUGAUGAGCAGGAUGUCCUUCCUUACCGCUGCCAUUUGUAUCAAAGGGUUACCACGACUGAAGGCACUCAGACAGAAGGGUGUCAAGCUUUAUUUAUCUACGCCACCGUAUGAUGAAAUUUAGAGAAUAAAUGAAUCUAUGCCUUUAUAUGAUACAAGCAAGAUAAUAUUAAAGGGGCAUUCAGCUACAAUACCAUUUUAGGCAUGGAUUAACUGAUUCUGAGAAAGGGUUUCAUGCUUACAAAUGGAUAAACAUUAUGAUCUACAGAUCCAGUUGGUGAGUCACAGUUUGUUUCCAUAAUUAUCACAAUGCAGAAGUUAUGUAAUGACCUAAACAACACUGGCAUAAGGCAGUGUAGACACGAUGGCCAAAUAUGAAGGACAGGUGGUGCAGGCGUUGAAACAGCACCUCGUGAAUCAAAAUUUCCUGCAUCAUGUUUACAGUUUUCUUCCCCUUUGAUUUCAUGGUGACGGUAUAAAAUUCUAUUUUAGUACAAUUUGAUUCUAGCCAGUAGCAAAUCAACUCAAAAAACAGUUAAUUAGAUGAUAUGCAGCCUGUAAAAAUGCUGAUAUGUGAGACACGUAGGUAUGAAAGUGUGUCAGGGAUGGUUCCAAUUCUUAGCUUCUUAUCAUAACUGUUAUCACCCUACCUGCUUUUAAAAGUGACAUUUCACACACCUAUUUUCUAGCCCUUUACUUAAGCUGCAGAUUGUAUUCUUCCCUUAAUAAUUUUGUGGGCACUAUGUGAACACACAGUAAUCAUUUUAGUACGUGGGCAGUGGCAGAACAUUCUAAUAUCUACCGUAGGAAAGAAAAUCAAAGCUAAAAUGUUUACAGUUUGUCAUGUUUUAACCACUGUCACUGUCCCAUGCUAUGCCCAUAAAUACAAUUGGUCAUAAAUGUCUCAACAGAAGCAGUAAAGACGUUUUGAUAAACUGUUUUUUUUUUUGUUUUUUUUAAUAUAACAUGAUAUACUUGUGUAUUAACCAUCCAAUGUUAUGCUGCAUACAGUAUCUUGUGAAGAUGAAAAACGUUUGUUUUCUUAGAUACAGAAGUUGCAAAUCAAUAGGAGCAUUUCUUCUGACAAUGCUUUGUUGUCCUGAGAACAAACCCAUCCUUCAUUAGGAGUAUGUCGGCACAAUCAUCAGUAGUCAAAUCAUUUGUUUGCAUCUGUUUAGAUUUCUUUCAAUGUCUUUAAAAAUAGAUUCAUUUUGAACUCCCCUCCUUUUUGGCGAUCUCGUACUUAUUUUUCCAUUAGAUCAGAUAAAUAUUUGAUUGUGUCUACUACCAGUACGUAACUCCUUUGUAAAUAAUCAUGAGUUAUUUAAAAAGAGUAUAGAAAGUUACAGUUUUUAUACCAACACCUGAAUGUGCUUUUGUUACAUUAAUUAUAUAAACCAAUAUUUGUAUGCGUAAAGAAAAAUGAAACGACUAAGAAAGUAACCCAGUACAGAUCAAGUUUGUAACAGCUGGAUGUCUUUAAUAGAGUCCAGAUUUAGCAAGUUGUGAAAUGUAUCUGUUCUACUUGUUUUGGCAGAUUUAUCAACACAUUUAUGUUCUUUAUUCAUAUUCAAUAAUUUUGACUGCAAAUUGUGUGUUGAUUAGAUGUGUCUGGCUGUUGACCGUCCCUCUGUAUCUGCAUGCUGUUGGUAGGCACCAUUCAUGCACGUGAUCGGCUGAAGGCUGCAUGCUACAAAGUAUAAAGGUCGAGCCUUUGAUUUGAUUCUCAGAAGAUAUAUUUAAGGUGGAGUGUCACUGUAAGCAUAGCUCUAGAUUGGCUAGAUUGAAUGUGGCACAGUCACAAAGCACAGUCCUGUAACUCAAGAGUGCUGAUCUUAGACUCAGCUAGAGGCGAUUGCAAGAUUGUCUAACUACAAAUUAUAAGUCAAGUUUCAAUGACGCAGUCUUGCAACAGUAAUGAAACACCAAAGUCCUAAUGCUCAGGCAGAUUAGUACUCUGUGUGUGGGGAACAACAGUGAUUUUGCCAAAAGAAUACAGAUUGCUAAAGAACACGGAGUAGACGUUUAUUACAGUUUAUUAAUCUCAAUAGAUACUAAUACUAAAGCUACUUUUCAAAAGACUUUCCUAAGACAUAGUCCUGAUUAGUGGUAUUUUCUGUAGAAGCUUGAUAUAUGUACAUUAUGGUCCCUGGUUCCUUUUGCCUUUUCCUUUUUUAGGGUGAUGUGGAACACUGAAUCUAGAUCAGUGGUUGAGCUGUGACUGCUCGUUGCUAGACCAGUGGGACCACUCGCUCUUUAGUGUCUCAUGAAUGUGGUUUAUGUUAUAAUCUUCAUCUUGUCACGUUGUAAAAUGUUAGUUUCUCUUUUAGUUUGUUUGCUGUUGCUGUUUGUUGUCGCAGUCCGUGUUGUCGUUUUUUAUUUCUCCAGCUUCUGCUCAGAAAUUCAGGAAUGUUUUAAAUGAUAUAUCACAUUAGAAAACUCCUGUCUGACUGACAGAGAUAUAGGAACUUUUGAAAUGUUUGUACAUUUUUUCUCUCUCCAUGUGUUUCUAAGAGUCUCCUACCGUGUUUCCUAUAGUGUAUAUAUAUAACCUUUUGCAUGUGCCAAACCUGGAGAUUGCUAGAACCCGACAAUAGCAGCGUUGCACUAGCUGUAGUCACAUGGAUGACUUCUUCUUUGUGGCAGCUUCUCCCUGGGCUGAGACCUGCCUGAAGCCACACCAACUGCAAACAUAUAGCAUGCUGCCAUGAGUAUACCAGUGCACAUUGUGUCAGUACGCUUUACAAUUCCGGUCAGUUUGAUAAACGACUCAUCAUACACGGUACUAGGUUCUCCUGCCUCUCUAGCCUUGGGCAGAAUUGUGUCUGAGAAACAUUGCAACUUGUGGAGCAUUUGAUUUAACACCACAGUGAAUUUCACAGAAGUGAGGGGGAAAUAUUCCUUGUACAGACUCGGAGUUUACUCAUCAACAGUCUUGCCCUUGCCUGAGCCUCUCUUGCACCUCUGUAUGUGCCGAUUGAAUAGAUCUAUCCCUUUAAUAGAAUCUCUGAGUACUUGCUUUCCAAACUUAAAUAAUGUUUUCAAAAAGCCACAGUCGGUGUGAGCAUGAAAAAAAAAAAAGAUGACUUCCUCUUCCCUUGUGUGCCUUUCCCAACUUGAACAGAUAUCUGUACAUCUUCUUCGUAAUCUUCAUCUCCUUGCUCUGAUCUAAACUCUACUCAAUGUUUACGCCAUACCUUUACUCCACUUACUGGAUUUUUAAUCCCCUGUCAAAUGAGCCUAGUUCAGUUUCUACUUAAGCCAUGUUAGUGUUUCAGCAUAUCUUGCAAAUGAAUGAAUGUGAAUAAAAGUAAAUAAGGAAAAAAAAGUAUUUGCAUGCUUUGUUCAAACAAAUGGUCUGAAAAACUGAAAUUUAAGCACAUUUUCUUGACUGACGCCAAUAACCCUUACAGCCAUAAAACUACAACUUGACUGAUCCUCCUACGUCUACGUGCUUUUACCUUUACCUCCCUGUGCCUAUUAAUGACUGAUGUAGUGAGCUAUUGAAUACAUGUAUCGACAAUAUCAAAGGAUGGUCUCCGGGGAGCGAAUGAACAGGCGAUUGGUUGGAUUGAGUUGAUUGAACGACAGGAUAGAUGAUCAUGGCUUGUUUGAGGGACGACCCCUGUGCCUCGUCGUAUUAAACCGCCCCUCCUUCGUCAUCUCAUGUGCGCCCACGUUCACUUCACCUGUUCCUCUAUUCCUCAGUGCCUGGGCCAAGUCAAUCCAUCAUCUUAUCGACAGUGUGCUCCUCUUCUCACCCUUUAAAUCCCAUCAGGCCAGGAAAGCAGUUCAUUUUUUUUUUUUUUUUGCUAUACUCCCUCAACACAGUUGGUAUGAAUUCUACCAUUCCCUCCUCUCUGGUCGUUCCCCGAAUGCACCAUGAGAAAGGAGUUGGCCAAAUGUAUUUGGUGUUUUACUUUGUUAAUGUCCUCACCUUUUUGUUAUUAAUUUAAUUGAUUAGGAUGGCCAGCAGAUAAUGAAGUAACUUUUUAAUGGGAAGAUUUGAUCUUUAAUGGAAGGCUUUAAGAGAGAGGUCUGGUAUGAUUUGAUGUUUUGUUUUUUUUUCAAUUGGCAUUUCUUACAAUUCUCCUUUUAGGUUCCCGAUUACUUAAGAUGAAUCUUGUAUAACGUCUUUCUUCUUUGUAGCUAUAGUCAUUAUGCUCCGCUUUGUCCUGUUUGCUGUGAAAUGAGAGAGUUGAGGUGAACUGCCAUCUUUUUGGCCGUACAGAGCACAGGAUCAAUGAUGUGCGGGAAUGCCUUAUCCCUCAACCCAUACAGCAACAUGGUCUCUAGCUCUCCUGUCUUGUUCCUUUAUUAUCUCAGCAUCCCUGUCCUUGUACAUAAAUGACUUACAGUAGAUACCUUCAUAGACUGAAAAAGAAAGAAUUAUAUUGUAUUUUGCAAAUGGUGUAUGUUUGUUUUCUCCCCCUGUCGGCCUGAAACCUUUAAAAUGAGUCUGAGCUACUUACCUUGUAAUUGAUUGUGUCAUUUGUACCUAAUGUAUGAUAAUGCAAAUUAAAAAAAGGAAAAUUAGAAAGAU